AUGGCCUCCGCGGCACACUCAGACGCACCCGCGCCCGUUCACUCGGAUCGCGCUGCAACGCAACAUGUCUCCAACCUCGAGGAGUACGAGCGCGAAGGAGACGUCCGCUACCCCUUCCUCCUCUCAUAUCGUGAAGUGAAGCUCCUGGGCAUCGCUGGGGUCGGAUUCUUCCUAGAUGCCUAUGACCUCUUCAUCAUCAACCCCGUCGCGACAAUGUUGCAAUACCGGUUAUACGGUGGUGAAUCCCUCCCACCAAAUCUCGAGGGCUUCGUCAAGGCCGGUGCAAAUAUCGGCAGUGUGAUCGGUCAAUUCGCAUUCGGCUACUCUGCGGACUAUUUCGGUCGAAAAGCAGUCUACGGCAAGGAGCUUAUGCUCAUCAUCUUCGCCACCAUUGGCUCGCUUUGCGACCCUACAGGCGCCCUCUCCCCCUCCGGCUCGCUCAUCUGGCUCGGCGUAUGGCGUAUCAUCCUCGGUAUUGGCAUCGGCGGCGACUACCCCAUGUCCGCGUCCGUCGCGACCGACCGCGCGAACCUCAAGCGUCGCGGCACGCUCCUCGCGUACAUCUUCGCCAACCAGGGCUGGGGCUCGUUCGUCGGCAGUCUCGCGACGAUUAUUGUCUUGCUGUGCUACAAGCACACAAUGGAGGUCGACGGCAAGACGAGCAAAGUUGACGGAGUCUGGCGCAUCCUUGUCGGGCUCUCGCUCAUCCCGGCGUUCGGCACGCUCUACCAGCGGCUCACGCUGCCCGAGUCCACGCGCUACACGGAGUCGCGCAAGGGCAACCAGCCGAUUGCGGACGAAGAGUCUAUCGAGGAACUGAAGAAGAAGGCGAACGCAGACCCCGCCGUGACCGAGAAGCCCGUCCCUACAAGCUCCUCCGACGGCACGCGUACGCCCCCCAGCGAGAGUGAGACCGAGACUGCGGCCGCGGCCGCGGAGGAUGCGCGGGCCAAGCGCGCCGUCGCGGACCUCGCGGCGGCGAAGAAGGCGCACUUCCGCGAUUUCUUCCAGUACUUCUCGGAGUGGCGCCACCUCAAGAUCCUCAUGGGGACGUGCACUUGCUGGUUCCUGCUCGACAUUGCGUUCUACGGCAUCAACCUGAACCAGAACGUCGUGCUGCAGCAGAUCGGGUUCGCGGGCAAGGACGGCACGCCGUGGAACAACCUGUUCAAGAUCGGCGUCGGGAACCUCAUCAUCACCGCGCUCGGGUUCGUGCCCGGGUACUACGCGACGAUCCUCACGAUCGAGAAGCUCGGACGGAAGUGGAUCCAGAUCCAGGGCUUCCUCUUCGCCGCGCUCUUCCUCGCGAUCCUCGCGGGCAAGUUCGAGACGCUGAGCACCGCGGCGUUCGUCGUGUGCUUUGCGUUCCUCCAGUUCUUCUUCAACUUCGGCGCGAACACGACUACCUAUUGCUACCCUGCAGAGGUGUUCCCCACCCGCUUCCGUGCCUCUGCACACGGCAUGUCCGCCGCCUGCGGUAAGGCCGGCGCGAUCAUCUCCGCCCUCGCCUUCAACAGUCUCACGAAAAAGAUCGGCACGCCUGCCGUCCUUUGGAUCUUCUUCGGCUGCUGCGUCGCCGGCGCCGGCUUCUCCUUCCUCCUGCCCGAGGUGCGCGGCCGCGACCCGGAUAUCAUCUACGCGGAAGAGCAGCGCGAGGCGGAGCGCCUGCGCGCGCAGAACUAG